CAUAACACACACAUAUCAAAACUUUACAGCAGUAAUAUUUGCAGAGGAUCGCGUUGCCAUGUUUUAUGUCUUACUGUACGUACAUGGCGUCCUAGUAGCCAGUAUUUUUGUCUUGAACCAGGCCCAAUCAUCGAUGGAUGCGACAGUUUAYAUCAAUCAACUAAGUGGUGCUUACAGUAUAAAGUUUGGAGUCAUCGACAAAGAAAAUGGAGUGGCAUACGGAACUUACGACGACAAAAUCAUAAAAAAUGGCUGGGGUGAAUUAAACAUCGUGGCGGGUUCAGGACAAAAGCCCUACUCAGAUAUUGUAAAGAUGCAUGCGGCUGGCUACUUGGAGGGCGCGCUGACAGCUAAACGUAUAAAUCAACACUAUGAAAAUACAUUUGGAAUAUUCUUCAAAGGAAAGAGUGAUCCUUUUUUUCAGAAAGCAACAAUGUUUCUCAGUGAGCAGGAACAAUGGAUGCGCGAUAUGAUUAUAAAAGAGUCCGAGACUUCGUCGUUUUGGAAGCAGAUGGGAAAUAUUGUGGCACAAUAUGACGGCCUCUUAGCUGGUUAUCAAGCACAUCCACAAACAGACAAGCCUCURUCUUCUCUGGCAUUUCAAAUCAUGAAUGCACUUGGCGAUCUAAUAGAUCUCAAGGAAGCACUGGUGCCUGAAGACUCGCCUGAUUACGAUACAAUGACUGAAGAUGAAGUACAAAGAACGAUAUUUAAACAUGGUCAUUGUUCUGUCUUAAUCAAAGUCUUGGCUGGGUAUGAGAAUAUAUUUGCAGCUCACGCAAGCUGGUUUCACUAUAGUACUAUGUUGAGAAUAUACAAACACUACAAUAUCAACAAUACUGACUCUUCAACAAGUUCUAUCAAUAUGUCCUUUUCCAGCUAUCCUGGUCUGCUAUCAUCACUUGAUGAUUUCUACAUAAUGGACAGCGGCCUCAUCCUCCUCCAGACCACAAACAACGUUUACAACAAGACACUGUACAAUACUAUUCGUCCCCAGUCCUUACUCGCCUGGCAUCGAGUGCGAUUAGCAAACCUUAUGACGAAAACUGGUAAAGAGUGGUCKGACGUAAUCUCUCAAUUCAACUCAGGCACGUACAACAACCAGUACAUGAUCCUCGACUUAAAACGCGUUGAACUGAACAAAACGUUACACGAUGGCGCRCUCUGGGUCGUUGAACAGAUUCCUACGUAUGUUGAGAGCGGUGAUCAGACAUCGAUUUUAAGGUAUGGAUACUGGCCAUCAUACAACAUUCCUUUCUACGAAAAGGUGUACAAUUUAAGUGGUUAUCCCGAGUUUGUUAAAAAGCAUGGCAUCACUAAUUCAUAUGAAAUGGCGCCGCGGGCAAAGAUUUUCCGUCAAGAACAAAAYACRGUUCGUGAUCUGAGAACAAUAGAGAUACUAAUGCGGUACAACGGUUACCAGUUCGACCCAUAUUCAUUAAACAGUUCYAUUAGAGCUAUUUGUUCACGUGGCGACCUUUUGAGUGACGAACCAGUAGCUUUUGGUUGCACAGACGCAAAGGUGACAGACUACAACAUGGCCAAGAACCUGACGUCGUAUGCUGUAAAUGGUCCUACUUACUAUGAUGUACCUCCGUUUCGAUGGAGUGAACAUUCGUUUCCCGACAAGCAUGUCGGCAUGCCCGACCUUUAUAAUAACUACAAGUAUGUCAUGAUGAAACCAAAGUCAUAUGCAACAAGACGCUACCAACAAUAAAUAACAAUUCAUUAUUCAUUGUGAAGAAGGGAUUGAAUUCCAUAAAAAAAACUUUUUAAAAUCUAUAGAAUUAUACUAAAUACAAGCCUGGGCUAAUUUAAAAAUACUUUAUUUUCACAUUUCUGAUUCAUUUGUAAUAAAAGAACUUAUAAGAAUGA